CGCAUCCUCGUCUCGUCAGAUCAGAAUAAAGCCGUCCGAUUAGUAGUCAUGGAUUCAUCGUUCGUGAAUCAUCGACAGCCGAUUAAUCUCCCAUCGUUUCCCGCCAACUCAAAACGGUCUAAUCGAUGCGCGCGUCGGACUUCUUCUUCUCCGCGUCAACUGCUCCGGGCGGCCCCCCACCGGAGCAGCACGCCGAGCAGCGCGCCGAGCAGCAGCAUGGGUUGAGCCAAUCGCAGAGCGGGCUCGCAGGCGACGGGCGCAGCGCGCCUCCGGAUACUCGCGGAUGCCUGGCGCGCGAUGGCGAAUCCGAUCGCGAAUCUGAUCGCGGCUCCGAUCGCUGCCUCGUGCUAGGACCCUCGAGCAGCGCGUUGUCCUCCGUGCUGCUGAACGCCGCGUGCCGCCUCGCCGCCGCGCAUCCCGACCGCCCCGUCGUCUUCAUCGCACGGGCAGACGCCCUCGACGCGCACCCGCCGCUGCUCCCCGCCGGCCUGCCGCCCUCCUCCCCCCUCCUCCAACGAAUCUUCAUGCGGUGGGUGUCUAUGUGCAGUCCACACAGGAGCUGAGGCAAUUCGCAGCCUCAGUGCAUCUAGCCCUCUCACCCCACCCACCACAACCACCAACAGCACCAGCACCACUACCCCCUGCCGCCACCACAUCGCCUCCAACCGCAUUCACCCGAUUCCCACCUGCUGCCUGUUCCCCCGUCCCCCCUCUGCCGUGCGCCAUUCUGGUGCAUAACCUCAGCAGUAUGCUGCCGCCAGAGCUGACGGCGAAGCAGCGGGAGAUGGAGGCGGUGCGCACGGUGGCGCUGCUGGCUGAUGCUGCCACUUUCCUCAGCCAAGCAGGAACCACAAGUAACGCUUCCACCACCACCAAUGGCACUGAUGCAACCACCAGCAGCAGCAUUGGUGCUGCUGUUGCUGCUGCUUCUGCUGCUUCCGGCUGUACAUUAAUGGUUUCAGAGUGUCUUCCUGAUGAUGCUCUUGAACCAGACCGGCCUCUGCCUGUGCCGCCACACCUGCCCGGCAUACCAUCUGCGGUCCUGUCUCCUCGUGCUGCUGCUUCAGUUUCCCGCUUUCAUCACUUGUUCCGGUGGCUUCCCCAAGCCUUCCUCUCACUGCCCAUGGCUCAUCCUUUUCAGUUUUGCAUGCAUCGCCUUGAGCUGCCAUCGUCUCUCCUUCAUCAGCACCAUCACUCUCACCAACAUCAGGAGCAGUCGCUUUCCGUCGGUGCUUAUACUUCGUUGCAAGGAGUAAGUGUCGUGUAUGGGGUCGGGGAGACAUUGACAACUGUCUGAUUGUGCAGGGGAUUGUUGAGACAGUUGGAAAUGUUGUAUAGCAUGGGAUUGUCUGUUUGAGAGCAAGAUGCACACACAUGGAUUUAAAGUAGUAGGAGAACAUUGUAUUGGGCCAAGGAGACAUCCAUAUAUUGCAGCAUUAUAAUGUUUUACUGUUUUUG